AUGGCCACCGACUCGGUUGGUGUGCUUUGGCGGGAUGGUCGGGUAGGGGACGGAGUGUGCCUACAGCAGCGGGCAAAGCGGGCUAGGGAAAAUACAGCUUGUCAAUGGAUGGAUCCCUUCCACUCCUUUGGGGAUUACACCUUUGAUUCGUACAAGCUUCCCUCACCAAUUAACGACAACGUCACAACGUCAUAUGGCUCAGCGCUAGAGCUGCCGGAGUCUGCAAGCGGCAAGGCUACGCGAUACUUCGAGCGCAGCAUACUGAAGAGACCCCAGAGCAACGAGGCCGCAAAAGGCUACUGUAGGACGAGGACCGCGAUAAGAUCGACGCUCUCCUUUUCGAUGAGGGUUUUGCGGGACGGGAAAUAA